AUGCAGCACGACGUUGCCAAACGAUCGGAUAAAGCAAUGCCACCAGCCGAAGAUCCAGUAGCGUUCGCAAAUGAUAUAUCGCUUAAUGCGAACGGAGCAUUGCCCAUCAAUGGAGGUGGUGAGCUGCAGGAAGGCAUCAUUUAUCCGCCCCCUGAGAUCAGGAACAUUGUGGAUAAGACUGCGAACUUUGUCGCUCGUAAUGGUCCACAGUUUGAGGAGCGUAUAAGAGAGAACGAGAAGCACAACCCCAAGUUCUGUUUCUUGAAUCCAACCGACCCUUAUCGGGCCUAUUAUGACUGGAAGGUCAAGGACGCGAAGGAAGGCAAAGCAAUUGAGAAAAAGGCAGAUGUUCAGAAAGUGGCUCAGGUGGAAGAAAGACCCGCAAAGCUGUCAAAGCCAACACCAAAAGAACCGCCAGCAUACGAAUUCAGCACGCCACUACCUUCAAUAUCCGCACAGGACUUGGACAUUCUCAAGCUGACCGCCCAAUUUGUCGCUCGAAACGGACGAGAUUUCAUGAUCUCUCUGAGCAAGCGGGAAAUGCGAAAUUACCAAUUCGAUUUUCUCCGAUCCAACCACAGUCUCUUCCCUUACUUCACCAAGCUUGUCGAGCAAUACACGAAGGUCCUGAUUCCUCCAGCAAACUUAAAUACCAGGCUUCGAAAUAAUGCACAGAACAAAUACUCGAUUCUAGAUAGAAUUCGGCAACGUGUGGACUUCUACGAAUACCAAGAAGCAGAGAAAAAGAAGGCCGAAGAAGAAGCCGACCAAGAACGAAUCGCAUACGCAUCGAUUGAUUGGCACGAUUUUGUUAUUGUGGAUACAGUCGAGUUUGUGGAGGCAGACGAACGCAUGGAUUUACCUCCUCCGCUGAACUUGGUGGACUUGGAGAACAUGUCGUUAACUCAAAAGAAGGCUGCACUGUUGUUUGAUACUCAGGAAACUCCAGUACAUGACGAGGGGGCGGAAGAGAUGGAUGUGGAGAUGGAUGAAGACGUUGAUAUGGACGAAGAUGACGCUACACCUGAACCCGAGUCGCAAAUGGCUCAGCCGAGCGACCCAAGCAUGAAGAUUCGAACGGAUUAUGUCCCAAAAGGCAAGGCACCUGGGGCGGCGGAGCCCACACAAAUUUGCACAAUAUGUGGUGUUAUCGUCAAGCUUUCAGAGAUGGAUGAGCAUGUUCGAAUCGAGCUGAUGGAUCCCAAAUGGCGGGAGCAGCGAGCUGCGUAUGAAGCUAAGAAGCAAUCAACAAACCUCGUCCAAGGAGAUGACGUCGCCAGGAACCUAAAUAGUCUUUCUGGAUAUCGUAGCGAUAUAUUUGGAAACGAAGAAUCAGAAAUUGGCCGCAAAGCUCGAGAAGAACAAAGGCAGGCGGAGAGGGACAAGGUCAUCUGGGACGGCCAUACCGCAUCGAUCGGAGAUGCGACCAGACAAGCUCAGCAACAUGCUGCGAUGGGACAGCAAAUGGGAGAUUAUGGCAGACAGGAUGAUCAAAACCGUAUUGGCCCACAAGUACCCCAUCAACAACCAGGUAUGCACGGCGGACACAUGCCGCCAAACAUGCCCCCUGGGCCACCGAGACCUUACGGAUUCCCGCCCGUGCCCAUGCCUCCUCCACCGUCGGCAAUGGGCCGCCCGCCAAUGCCGCUGCCUUCCAUGGGCAUGCCAAGACCAAUAUUCCCUCCUCCGCCGCUCGGGAUGGCACCACCAUUCAUGCCGCCUGCACCUCCCGGCAAACGUCCAUUGAACGAGCAAGAGACAGAGGACGCAGAAGCAAAGAAGCAGCGGGUGGAAGAGGGUCAUCUGCUUCCUGAAGCUCAGUUUCUGGCUCGUCACAAGGAACCAAUCCAAGUAAUUAUUCGACCAGCUACCGGUGAAGAGGACAUCCAAUUUCAGCUCCCUCUAACGACAACAGUGUCUACUUUGAAAGAAAAGAUUGCCGAAACAGUUUCAAUGGCUUCCAGCAAGCAGAAAUUGACUACGCCAACUGGAUUGGCCAUGAAGAACACGGCAACUUUAGCGUAUUACAACUUGCAGAGCGGUGCUGUCCUAGGCUUAUCGACAAAGGAAAGAGGUGGGGGAAAGAAAUAGUGGAAGUAUGUUGUUCAUAAUGUGAAUAGGAUUUCUGUUAUGGUACUGUUUUGAGGGCGUGCACCAGCUAUCAAUGUUAUCGUAGCCAUCAAGGCAAAAGUUUAC